GUCUGACGCAGGCUAACUACACUACUAGAUAGCAUGCGAGAGGCGAUACACGCCCUGCGUUGCAUCUUCUGGUGCCUCCGAAGUACGCAGAGCACGGGAUCGAUCCGACUGUGCUUUGCAACGGAGCAGUUUCAGAGAAAACCGUUCGAAAUAUCUGACCUUCAUUGCCCGUUCAGUAGGUGGUAUCCUUUGUGAGACGAAAGAACACUCGAGAAGUGAGAUGAAGAGUAACAGAC